CUGAGAGCUCUGUAAAUCCUCUCAAAGAAAUGUUUGAAAUCUAGGAGGACAGAUAGAGGGAUCGGGACAGAGGCAGAGGGGCUAGGGAGAUAGGCUGGGAAGCCAAGGCAGCCCAGUGGGAAGCGGGCCUGUUUCCGGUCAGGCGGCCUAACAAGAGGAAACUGGCCACUCUGGACAGGCAGGAGAGAAUGCGUCUCUCCAAAGCCCUUGUCGACAUGGAGAUGGCCGAUUACAGUGCUGCCCUGGACCCAGCCUACACCACCCUGGAAUUUGAGAAUGUGCAGGUGUUGACCAUGGGCAAUGAUGCAUCGCCAUCUGAAGGUGUCAACCUCAAUGCCCCCAACAGUCUCGGUGUCGGUCCUCUGUGUGCCAUCUGUGGGGACCGUGCCACAGGCAAGCAUUACGGGGCCUCCAGCUGCGAUGGCUGCAAGGGCUUCUUCCGCAGGAGUGUGAGGAAGAACCACAUGUACUCAUGCAGGUUUAGCCGCCAAUGUGUGGUAGACAAGGACAAGAGGAAUCAGUGUCGUUACUGCAGGCUGAAGAAAUGCUUCCGGGCAGGAAUGAAGAAGGAAGCUGUACAGAAUGAACGGGACCGGAUCAGUACACGGAGAUCAAGUUAUGAAGAUAGCAGUCUCCCAUCCAUCAAUGCCCUUCUGCAGGCUGAAGUACUCUCCCAGCAGAUCACAUCACCCAUCUCAGGAAUCAACGGGGACAUCCGGGCCAAGAAAAUUGCUAACAUUGCUGAUGUAUGUGAAUCCAUGAAGGAGCAGCUUUUGGUGCUGGUGGAAUGGGCCAAAUACAUCCCUGCCUUCUGUGAACUUCCCCUGGAUGACCAGGUGGCCCUGCUUAGGGCUCAUGCUGGGGAGCACUUGCUCCUGGGGGCCACCAAACGGUCCAUGGUAUUCAAGGAUGUGUUGCUCUUAGGCAAUGACUACAUCGUCCCACGGCAUUGCCCCGAAUUGGUAGAGAUGAGUCGUGUUGCAGUGCGAAUCCUGGAUGAGUUGGUGCAGCCCUUCCAAGAGCUUCAGGUUGAUGACAAUGAAUAUGCCUGUCUGAAGGCCAUCAUCUUCUUUGAUCCAGAUGCCAAAGGGCUGAGUGACCCUGGCAAAAUUAAGCGGAUGCGGUCGCAGGUGCAGGUGAGCCUGGAGGACUACAUCAAUGACCGGCAGUAUGACUCUCGGGGCCGGUUUGGGGAAUUGCUGCUGUUGCUGCCCACCCUCCAAAGUAUCACCUGGCAGAUGAUUGAGCAGAUCCAGUUCAUCAAACUCUUUGGUGUGACCAAGAUUGACAACUUGCUGCAGGAGAUGCUGCUGGGGGGGUCUUCCAGUGAAGCACCCCAUGCUCACCAUCCUUUGCAUCCUCACUUGGUGCCAGAGAACAUGGGCACCAAUGUGAUAGUCGCCAAUACCAUGCCUGCCCAGAUCAGCAAUGGACAGAUGUGUGAGUGGCCCCGUCCUGGGUGGCGGACAGCCACUCCUGAGACCCCACAACCCUCUCCACCAGCCAGCUCAGGGCCUGAGCCCUACAAGCUCCUGCCAGGAGCCAUCGCCACAGUGGUCAAGCCUCCUUCGUCUAUCCCUCAGCCCACCAUCACCAAGCAGGAGGUCAUCUAACAUGGGGCCAGAGGGGCCAGGGGAAGACAGCCAGACAUUGCCUCUUCCCAGCCUGGCUUUGUCCUUCCCUGGCCUCCAGAAGGACCAGCCUCCUCAGAACUCCCAGUGGUCUUGGUGAAAUAGGAUACAAUAAUGAGACUUGCCCUAGGACCAUGAAGGCAUAAUGGGGAGCAAGACUUAGGCUGAGGGCUCCAGCUACUGACUUGUGUGCCUUAAUGCAAUCCUUUUUCUCCUUUUUUGGGGAAUAGAGAGAGAGAUUGGGAACAAUCCCCUUUAGUGGAGUCUAGUUGUUUCUCAACACUUUCUCCCCAUCCAAUCAGUUUCUUCAUCUCCUAACUCUGCCCCCAAACAGCUGCCACCUCCCCCUCUUGGGACCUUUUUAGAACCACCAGUGAGGUCAUCACUCUGUUUUCCCCUUUGAAGACUAAAAACCCUGAGACUCAGAACCAUUUGGGAAGAGAAUGAGCCAGGGCAGGACUUUCUGCCUAUUCCUACUGCCAUCCCCGUCCCAGUCUCCCCAAGGACUUCCAUUCAGAAGGAACCUUCCUCUCCAUGCUGGAGAAGACUCCAAGACAGAAGUGGUGAUAGAAUAUUCAGACAUUUGACAAACUUUAUGAAGCAUCUAUUAUAUCAAGCUCUGUGCCAAGCACUAUAUGAAUCAUGAAAGAAGAAGCCUCAGCCCCAUACUUCAUGAGUUUGGUGGGGUGGGGGUGGGGUACUAGUUGGGAAGACAAGAAACAGAGACAUAAAACACCUAGAGAAUAAUCCAAAGCAAUAAAAAUAUAGUAGGAAUUUUGAUAAAGGAAAAGAUCACUGUGGAAGAACAGGAUUUGGAUUUUUGUAGAUGAAUAGAGAAGACAUUCCAGUUCAAGGUAAAAAACCUGAGCAAAAGUACUGAGGUAGGAAAUUAUUCUUUGUGAUGAGACCAAAUACAUUCAGGCACAGUGAGUUAUGAUCUUAGGUAAAGUGAGGCUAAUUGAUGGAGAACCUUGAAAGUAAGUAUAGACUUGAUUUGUUGCUAUUGCAGAUUCUUCAGCUGGAGAGGGAACAAGGGUAACCCUCAACUUAAAAGAGUUCUCAAGGCAAUAAAAUCAGUAGUUUCUCUUUGUCAUUCUGUUAUUCUCCCUCAUAAUGGAGAGAUGACCAAAAACUGGUUUCCCUCUCAAAUUUUGACCCAUCCUAGGGCUAAAUUAGCCUCAGGUCCAGGCUAGAAGCCAUAAUCCUUUUCUCCCAACUCAUUCUCUUAUCAGGGAAUGCUAGGUUGGGAGGUUGGCAGGUUUGUUCAGAAAGCUGAUUGAUUCUAGGAGGCUUUCUGGGGGCUUUUACUCUGUUAUAUGGUGCUCAGGGGCUGGAGGUGCUACAAAUGUAGAGAUAUUUAGGAGAUUAAGUCCCCAGGAAGAGGCCACUGACUAGUCAGAACCAUAGAGAAUUAACCCCAAAGAUGGAGAUGAUAUAUAGAAAGGGACUUCUCCAACUGGUUACAUCUUCUUUAGGAGUAUCUUUCAAAGGAUCUCAGAAUGUCAGAGCUGGAAAGAACCUCAAGGACGUGUCAUCAAGCUCAGCCCUCUCAUUUUAGAGAGGAACAAAGGCCCAGAGAGGACAAGGAUCUUGUCCACCAUUACAUAAGUAGGCAGAAGAAGGUAGAACCCCUAUCCUUCAAAGAAGAUACAUCCUUUCAGCAGUCAAGACUGUAAAGAGAGCUAGCCACCAGGCAAACUGAAAUCUACAGCUUCCUCUGCCCAUCUCUGUACUGCUUCCUCCUCCCAGGGGUGACUCCUCAGAACUUUUGAAGAGCCAUGUGUUCUGCUGCUUUCUGCCUACUAGAGAAUGGACCCCACUGGUGCUUUGUGUAGUUAGACAGAGCGGUGCUAGGAAGUUCUGUCUGCCCCUGUCCUACCUAGGUCUCCAACCAGUUAUUCUAGUUGGUCCAUAAGUGCCAACAUUAAAUUUUCAUGCCUUUUGAUUUUUCUAUCUUCCAGAGCCUCCUCUUAAAAUCCAGAGCAUGAAAAGAGAGGGAGGUACCACACACAAACUCCAACAACUUCAAAAAUUUGUUCUACCUGGAAAAGUCUCAUAUUGGGUAGAGUCUCCUGGUAAAGAACAAUCCCUUUUCAUCCCCAGUCUUAACAAUCCCUCCUCAUCCCCACAUUUCCUAAGAUCGACUGAGAUCACACUGGAUUAGGGAAACAUUAAGGAAAGGUGGCCCUCAAUCUAUACUCCCUAUGAUGACUAUUCUUUUUAGGGCCAAAUUUGGACAAAUAUAUUUCUUCCUGGGCAUAGCCUAGGGUUUCUGGAAAUUUUAACCUGUUUGGGGGUAGAAGUGAAUAUAUUUCUGUGAUAUGUAUGUAUGUAUAAAAAGAGAGAGAAGAUUCAAUAACAACUGAAGUUAUCCUGGAAGUGGGAGUAAAGUAGAAUCCAAGGUGCUCCAAUCUCUCUCAAACCCUGGUCACUGGGCUUUCUUGCAAUUGUGGACCCAGCACAAGGGGGCAUUGCUUCUUCUGUGGCUGUCUUAGUCUCAGGAUCCCUGUGAAGUGGAGUGGCAAACUACAUGGCACUCCCCUAGCUGGGUUGUACACCAGGAUUUCUAUCUAUCACCCCCUCUCUUGGCAUGGCCUCAUCAGAAACCCUGAAGGUAUGUCUGGGAGCCAAAAGAGGAAGAGGCAGUGACUGAAAGCUGGCAACAUUAUAAUGGCAAAACCAAUCAUGUUCACUAAAUUAUUCUGUAAUUUGCAUUGAUCGUCUCUAAUUGUGUAAUUCCAAACAAAUAGAGCCCCACGUCACUGCAAUGUUCCCAAUCAUUGGGGCCUUUUUCCUUCCCUCCCUCAAAAAAAUUCCAGGGGAGAUGAGAAUCGGGGCAUGAUUAAUGCUAUUGGCUGACCAAACCUUCCAAACCCUUCCCACUGCCAUCAUUGACAUCCAGUAGGGAGAGAAUAUUUCUUAGCCCUAGUUUGUAUUUCAAAAAAGUUUUUUUUAACCUUCAAAAUAAAUACCAACGAUGUUUUCUAACUCUU